AUGAUAAAGGUAUCGGAAGCGAGCUACGUAACAAGCGUGGAAGACGCGUGUCGCGUCGACCAAUGCACGCAGACCCCACCGAGCGGGAAGGCGCGACCUCGUACUCUCCAAAGGUACCACACAUCCGACCACAUCUACGAGAGACCGCACAAAGUUCACCGCCUCAGACACGAGCUCAGGCCAAAGGGCCUGGGCCUUAGUGACUCUUAUCCUAGUUUUGGGAAACCGCCAAGUUAUGAUAGCGGAACUACUUCCAAGUUCAAAGUCAACGUGACGGACAGUCCUACGAUCUCAGUCAGCCCACCUCAUAGUCUGGAUUACGUGUGCCAAAAGAGUUGCGGCAGCCUCAACGGAAGUGUAACGCCAAACGGAAUGUUGUCAAGCAAAUCUACAGCAACCACCGUCCUGUUGAGCCCUGGGUAUCUUCAGAGCCGCUGCCAAUGCAGUCAAUCGAUUAAGAGCGUAAGUGAAGUGGCGUUAGCUAUGCCGGCAGCGCCGGGCUGGAGCGAGGAGACGGCGGGACAUGCGUCCGAUGGGCUCUCGUGGCGGCGCCUGCACAUGUCCCGGGCGAAGCUGAAAGCCACCGCCACUACCUCAGAACUAUUAUCAGGUUUCGCGAUGGUAGCGAUGGUGGAAUUGCAAAUCAACGAGCCGACGAACGUGCCCGAAUGGCUGUUCGUGAUGUUCGCGGUGUGUACGACGGUGCUGGUGGCCGUGCACAUCUUCGCACUGAUGAUCUCGACGUACCUGCUGCCGAACAUCGACGCGGUCAGCAAGAUGGAGACGCCCGGCGGGCCGGCGCGCGCGCUGCGCGACUCGCCGCACGAGCGUAUGCGCGGUUUCAUCGAACUGGCCUGGGCGUUCAGCACUGUUUUGGGACUGUUUUUAUUCCUGGUGGAGAUCGCAAUCCUUUGCUGGGUGAAGUUCUGGGACUACUCGUUCGCCGCAGCGACGGCAGCCACCGUCAUCGUUAUACCAGUUCUCAUAGUCUUCGUUGUGUUCGCGAUCCACUUCUAUCACUCUCUGGUGGUUCAGAAGUGCGAGACUUCGGUCCAGGACAUCGAACAAUUGGAGAACAUGAAGAGAGAUCUGGACACCGCUACUGUCAAAGUCAAUAUGUUUUAA